GGCCUCAGGAACUCCCCCUGCACCCCUCUGCCCUGCAGGAUGUCUCAGCUGGGCCUGUCCUGGCUGGGCCUGGGGCCGGCGGCCGCCUCCCCGUGGCUGCUGCUGCUGCUGGUCGGGGCCUCCUGGCUCCUGGCCCGCGUCCUGGCCUGGACCUACGCCUUCUAUGGCACCUGCAGCCGCCUCCGCUGUUUCCCGCAGCCCCCGACACGGAGCUGGUUCUUGGGUCAUGCCGGACUGGUCACCACGACAGAGGAGGGUUUGAGGGACGUGACUCAGCUGGUGGCCACCUAUCCCCAGGGCUUUAAAACGUGGCUGGGCCCCAUCCUCCCUAUCAUCAAUGUUUGCCACCCCGACGUCCUCCGACCUGUCCUGAACGCCUCAGCUGCCACUGUACGGAAAGAUGAUAUCUUCUUCAGCUUCAUAAAGCCCUGGCUGGGGAAUGGGCUUCUGCUAAGUGCUGGUGACAAGUGGAGCCGCCACCGUCGCCUGUUGACACCAGCCUUCCAUUUCAACAUCCUGAAGCCCUACGUGAAGAUUUUCAAUGACAGUGUGAGCAUAAUGCACGCCAAGUGGCAGCGCCUGGCCUCAGAGGGCAGUGCCCGUCUGGACAUGUUUGAGCACAUCAGCCUCAUGACCUUGGACAGUCUGCAGAAAUGCAUCUUCAGCUUCGACAGCAAUUGUCAGGAGAGGCCCAGUGAAUAUAUUGCCACCAUCCUGCAGCUCACUGCCCUCAUAGAAGAAAGAAGCCAGAACAUCCUCUUGUACAUGGACUUCCUGUACUAUCUCACCCGCGAUGGGCAGCGCUUCCGCAAGGCCUGCCGCCUGGUGCACGACUUCACAGAUGCCGUCAUCCAGGAGCGACGCCGCACCCUCCCCAAACAGGAUGUUGAUGACUUCCUCAAGGCCAAAGCCAAAACCAAGACUUUGGACUUCAUCGAUGUUCUCCUGCUGAGCAAGGAUGAAGAUGGAAAGCAGUUGUCAGAUGAGGACAUAAGAGCGGAGGCUGAUACCUUCAUGUUUGGGGGCCAUGACACCACGGCCAGUGGUCUCUCCUGGGUCCUGUACAACCUUGCGAGGCACCCGGAACACCAGGAGCGCUGCCGGCAGGAGGUGCGAGAGCUGCUGAGGGACCGCGAGCCUACAGAGAUUGAAUGGGACGACCUGGCCCAGCUGCCCUUCCUGACCAUGUGCAUUAAGGAGAGUCUGCGCCUGCAUCCUCCAGUCCCAAUGGUCUCCCGACACUGCACCCAGGAUGUUGUGCUCCCAGAUGGCCGGGUCAUCCCCAAAGGUGUCAUCUGCCUUAUCAAUAUUUUAGGGACCCAUCACAACCCAGCUGUGUGGCCGGACCCUGAGGUGUAUGACCCCUCCCGCUUCGACCCAGAAAACAUCAAGGAGUGGUCACCUCUGGCUUUCAUUCCCUUCUCUGCAGGGCCCAGGAACUGCAUCGGGCAGACCUUCGCCAUGACCGAGAUGAAGGUGGUCCUGGCGCUCACACUGCUGCGCUUCCGCAUCCUGCCCGACGACACGGAGCCCCGCCGGAAGGUGGAGAUGAUCCUGCGAGCCGAGGGCGGCCUCUGGCUGCGGCUGGAGCCGCUGGAGGCGGGCCAGCAGUGACCCCUCUACCCCUUCCACCUGCCUUUGCAGAUUCCCGGGAAUAAACCUGUGCUGUCACCUCUG